GGCUCGUUUCUUGGAAAGUCGCUACGAGAGGUCAGAUGAGGACCACAUGAUGAGAGAGAAAGCUCACCUUUUUCGGCCGGUCGCCGUCUUCGUCAUCAUGCUCACUAGCCAGCUGCUCGUCCGCAGCAAGACCCGCGUCCUCGCCGUCACCGGGGCGACGCAUCAGCUUUCCCCGUCGCUUUUUCUUGGGCUCGCCCUCAUCACCACUGCCUUCGGCCUUCUGCUUCCGUGACUUCUUCGGCCGGCGUUCGCGCUCUUCGUCGCUGUCAACCCGGAUCUCACGUGUCCACUCCUGGGCCUGUUCACGAGCCACCUUUCGUUCUUCGGCAAGUUUCUCAGCCUCGCGGCGCUGGGCCUCUGACCGUUCUCGCU